AUGAGGAAAGACGGAACGACAGCCGCCUUCUCAGGCCACCCGGUCGGAAAAAUGUUUCUCUGCUUUGAGACCAAGCCAGUGGUGGCCACAUUACUUGCUUUUACUCUUGUAAUGGUCAUUUGGAACCUUCAGCCUUACUACGAAAACCUCAUCUCCACCACUAAUCGGUGCUUAGCUACAACCUCCGGCACCAAUGAGUCUUUGACGAUAAGGCCCGAAAGUGUCGAUGUCGGUGGCGUUAUGGGAGUGACGACGCUGGCGGAGCAGAAACUCGUGAAUCGCAGUCCGCCAGCUGAUCCCAACAAGCGUACAUUUCAAGCUUACGGCAACGCUGCUGCACUUUUUGUACAAAUGGGUGCCUACCGCGGAGGCCCCCGGACCUUUGCGGUGGUCGGUUUGGCUUCGAAACCUAUACAUGUUUUUGGCAAACCGUGGUACAAGUGUGAGUGGAUACCAAACAACGGGAACGCUUCGGUUAAGGCUAAGGCCUAUAAAAUGCUCCCCGACUGGGGCUACGGCCGUGUAUACACCGUAGUGGUGGUGAAUUGCACGUUUGCUUCAAACCCCAACUUGGACAAUAGCGGUGGCAAGCUGGUUCUCUACGCCUACUACGGUGAAUCGCCUCGAAAGUACGAGAAAUUCACCACCAUGGAAGAGGCACCAGGGUCUUACAACGAGUCCCAGUACAGCCCACCGUAUAAAUAUGAGUACUUAUACUGCGGGUCUUCUUUGUAUGGGAACUUGAAUGCGGUUAGAAUAAGGGAAUGGAUGGCCUAUCACGCGUGGUUCUUCGGACCCAGUUCGCAUUUCGUGUUCCACGACGCCGGUGGAGUGUCGGCCGAGGUGAGGGAGGCGCUGGAGCCGUGGAUAAGAGCUGGGCGGGUGACUUUGCAGGAUAUUAGAGCUCAAGCUGAGUAUGAUGGGUACUAUUACAACCAGUUCCUGGUGGUGAAUGACUGCCUCCACCGCCAUCGUUUUGCUGCAAAUUGGACUUUCUUUUUCGAUGUUGAUGAAUACAUUUAUCUCCCUAACGGGAACACUCUGCAAUCAGUGCUUGAAGAAUUCUCCAAUGUUACACAAUUCACCAUUGAGCAAAAUGCCAUGUCCAGUGUGCUGUGCUUGAAUGAUUCCACUCAGAACUAUUCCAGACAAUGGGGUUUCGAGAAGUUGCUAUUCCGGGACUCGAGGACAAGGAUUAGACGAGAUCGCAAGUACGCGAUACAAGCAAGGAAUGCCUAUUCGACUGGUGUUCACAUGUCCGAGAACGUAAUAGGUGGUACAUUGCACAAGACCGAAACGAAAAUCCGGUAUUACCACUACCAUAACUCUAUCACCGUGCACGAAGAGCUCUGCCGCAAGUUGCUGCCUACGAUCGCCAAGACGACCACGACGCUGUUCGACAAACUCCCCUACGUCUACGAUGACAACAUGAAAAAACUGGCCCCAACAAUCAAAGCUUUCGAGCAAAACACCAUUGGAUCCCAACACCACCUGCAUUCAUAA